AUGGCACCUCAAUCCCCUAUUAUUCAUUAUCCUCAAACCGGUGGCUUGACGUAUGAGCCCCUUGAAUCCAGUUACAUAAGGAUGAUUUUAGAAGCAGACGAGAUUGCCUGGCAAUACAAUAUUCUCGCUAGCGCAGCUCACUGGAUACUUCUUGCUGGAUAUUUAGUGAUGCCUGGAACGUUCACGUCUCUCCAGAAGUCCGACGCUGUUUACAACAAUCUAUCCGAAAAUGAAGCAGGUGAAUUGAUUUUGAGCACUAUCCAGAAUCCUCCGCUUCUCGCGACGGCAAUUGUACUGUUUGUCGCAGGCUUGGCGAUCAUGGGAUGGCUAUUCUGGGAAUAUCGCGGGAAUUACGUCUGGCUUAUCAACCGUAUUUUUAUGCCCACACUGUUGAAUGCACUAGCGGGUUUACUCACUACGAUUAUUAACUUAUACACUGCUCAUGGCGGCGAUUGGUCUAUCAUGGCACUCUUGACUGUGAUUACAUCUGGCCUUUCCGUUGCUUCCUCCCUAAGUUUGCUCUUUCUUUUUAAAUUUGUGAAACUAGGGCGAUUAAAACGGGAACACAAUCAGAUGUUCCACAACUACGAUUAA